UACCUUAAUCUAAAACCUCACCUUAAACCUUAGCGUGCCUCCUCUGCUUCAACUGGCUUUCGACAUCACCGUCCAUUUUCGAGUGGACAGGUUCGGCUGCUGAAACCCAUUUUUAUAUCUGUUAUCAAUAAUCUCUUCCAUACAAAAUGAUAAUGAGCGAACUCUGUGGCCUCUGUACACGCUGCCUCCGCUUCCUCCUCCCCUCUCCACCCCCACUUCCUCGCCGGCGCUUAUUCGCCUCCACCACUUCCUCCGUUUCCCUCGGGAACAAGAAAGACAAGAAAGAGAAGGUUGUUGUUAUUUCUGGUCCCACCGGAUCCGGUAAGACCCGACUUGCGUUGGAGCUCGCCAAGCGGCUCAACGGGGAAAUCAUCAGCGCCGACUCCGUCCAGGUGUAUCGUGGUCUUGAUGUUGGAUCUGCCAAGCCUUCCCCAAGUGAAAGAAGGGAAGUGCCACACCAUCUGAUUGACAUAUUACACCCAUCUGAAGAUUAUUCAGUCGGACAAUUUUUUGAGGAUGCAAGGCAAGCUACUCGAGAUAUUUUGGACAAUGGUCGUGUUCCUGUAGUUGCUGGUGGGACUGGAUUGUAUUUGCGAUGGUUCAUAUGCGGAAAGCCAGAUGUUCCAAAAGCCUCACCAGAUAUUGUAUCUGAAGCAUAUUCUGAGCUUGCAGAAUUGCAGAAGAAUGAGGACUGGGAUGAAGCUGUAAAGUUAGUAGUCAAAGCAGGUGAUCCAAAGGCUCAAUUUUUGGCCGCCAAUGAUUGGUACAGAUUACGACGCAGCCUUGAGAUAAUCAAGGCCAGUGGAUCUCCUCCAUCUGCUUUUCAAGUUCCAUUUGAUUCUUUCAAGGAAGAAUUAGGUACAAGUUUAACAGAGGAUUCUCAGAAUGUGCAUUCAUCUCUUGAUGUAUCUGAGGAAGUUAAACCAAAAGAUUUGGACUAUGAAUUCAUUUGUUUUUUCCUCUCGAGCCCUAGACUUGAUCUCUAUAGAUCAAUUGAUUACCGAUGUGAAGAUAUGCUUUCAGGAACUGAUGGAAUUUUGUCUGAGGCCAAAUGGCUUCUUGACACAGGCCUUCUUCCAAAUUCUAACUCUGCAACUCGUGCAAUUGGUUACAGACAAGCUAUGGAGUACCUUUUAAAGUGUAGGCAACAAGGGGGUAGGAGUUCUGCAGGAGAAUUUUAUGCUUUUCUAUCUGAAUUUCAGAAAGCUUCCAGAAAUUUUGCAAAAAGGCAAAUGACAUGGUUUCGUAAUGAGCACAUCUAUCAUUGGCUUGAUGCUUCUAAGCCCCUGGAAAAGGUGCUUAACUUUAUUUAUAAUGCAUAUCAUGAUCAAACCGGAACUUUGGUUGUUCCCGAAUCACUUAGAAUGAAAAAAGAUAUAUCUAAUGAACGGGAAAUUCUUCAACUGAAGACUUAUCGCCCUAAAAAUAGGCAUUUUGUCAGCCGUAAUGAUUGUUCUGAUAUUCUAGACUGGAUAAGGAGUCAAGGUGAAGUAGUGAAUAGUGUUGUUUGACUUUGAGUUGGCUCCUUUCGGCCAUUUGAAAUUCAAAAUUCUUAGGAGGAGCUUCUGAGUUUCAUCCAUAAAUUCUAUUGGUCAACAUUCUCUGUGCAUUCACCUCCAGAAUUGCAAGCCAUAUUGAUGUUCUAUUGAGAAUAUGUAUUUUCUGCAUAAUGUUUUUCUUUUUUCUGUUGUAUACAAUCAGAGGGUCUGAGGCAGAGCAAGAGAAAUUUGUGAAGGCCAGAUGCUGGUGCCAUGGGUCCUCUUAGAUGAUGGCAUCAUUUUAUUGCUUUUUUUUAUUAUUAUUAUUAUUUUAAGUAUAUUUUAAGUGCCUAGAGAAGAUAUCAACAUGAAAUGAUCCUUUGAUCAUCCAGGUUUUCUGGAAGAUGCAUCAGCUAAGUGCAAAAUUGAGAUGAUUUGUUCUA